AUGGCCCCGCAUCCCCAGUCAACAGCCCACUCGCACUCCCUCAACGACCCAGAAACAUUCUGGUCUCAUCACGCGGACAGGCUCCACUGGCACCGCAAGCCUUCACGUGCUCUAACGCGACAGACGAAGAAAUUACCAAGUGGCACCGAACAUGAGCAUUGGUCGUGGUUCGCUGACGGCGAGAUCUCCACAACCUACAAUUGCGUUGACCGACAUGUGCUGGCAGGUCAUGGCGACGAUCUCGCUAUUAUCUGGGAGUCACCGGUCACUGGUGUAACGGAGAAAUACACUUAUGCCCGCCUGCUCGACGAGGUAGAGGUGCUCGCCGGUGUACUCAGAGAGGAAGGUGUGCGAAAGGGAGAUAUCGUUAUCAUUUACAGUAUGGCCCCAUCAAUCAUACCACAGACCAAACCCCGUAUGCCAAUGAUCCCCGCAGCUCUAAUCGCCGCGCUAGCCAUAACCCGUCUGGGCGCAAUUCACGCCGCCGUUUUCGGCGGUUUCGCCCCGCAAGCUCUGGCACAGCGAAUUGAAGCCGCGCGCCCCAAGGCAAUCAUGACGGCGUCGUGUGGAAUCGAGGGGUCUAAGGGCCCCAUUGCCUACCGACCCCUUGUCGAGGGUGCGGUCAAGGCAAGCAGCUUCAAGCCGAGUCGCGUUAUUAUCUGGCAACGCGAUCAAUUGCGCUGGAAUCAUCCUGACAAGCGCGGCGGACAGCGGAACUGGCAGAGACUCGUUAAGAGCGCACGAUUCCGUGGGGUUGCGGCUGGUCCUGUCCCUGUGAAAAGCACGGAUGGGCUCUAUAUUAUCUACACUAGUGGCACAACCGGGCUUCCUAAAGGCGUGCUACGCGAAGCAGGCGGCCAUGCCGUGGGCCUGGAACUAUCCGCCAAAUCACUCUUUGGACUCAGAGGCCCUGGCGAUACGAUAUUCUGUGCCUCGGAUAUUGGCUGGGUUGUGGGACACUCGUACAUUUUGUACGCACCGCUGCUGAUCGGCGCCACAACCGUCUUGUUUGAAGGUAAGCCCGUCGGCACUCCGGACGCUGGGACAUUCUGGCGCAUCGUCGAGAAACACAACGUAAAUGUGCUCUCUACGGCACCGACUGCCAUGCGUGCUAUUCGCAAAGAUGACCCCGAAGAUCAGCUUAUCAGCGAAAUUGGAAAACGCGGAGGUCUAAAGUCCCUUCGUGGACUGUUCCUCGCCGGUGAGCGCAGCGAGCCGAGCAUUGUCCGCGCCUACCAGGAACUGCUUGGAAAGUAUGCGGCGGACGGUGCGCUUGUCGUCGACAAUUGGUGGUCAUCUGAGUCCGGGUCUCCGAUUUCAGGAGUCGCAUUGGAUAGCAAUGCAGCUAUCGCUGGUGCAGCACUGGGCUCAGCUAUCUCCCCUCUUACUCCCCGUCCGGGCUCAGCAGGCUUCCCAAUGCCCGGAUUCGACGUCCGCAUCGUCGACGAUGAAGGGAACGAAGUCCCGCGCGGCACAAUGGGCAAUAUCGUCAUGGCCGCGCCUCUCGCGCCGACGGCAUUCACGACUCUCUUCGCCGAUGAGGAACGCUUCUACCGUGGAUACCUCAAGCGCUUUAAUGGCCGCUGGGUUGAUACCGGCGAUGCGGGACUUGUGGAUGAGGAUGGCUAUGUGCACAUCAUGUCGCGCAGCGACGAUAUCAUCAAUGUUGCGGCGCAUCGAUUCAGUACAGGAUCUAUCGAACAGGUGAUUCUCUCGCAUCCAGCCAUCAGCGAAGUAAGCGUCGUCGGUAUUCCCGAUUCGCUCAAGGGUCACCUUCCCUUCGCGUUCAUCCAGCCCAAAGCCGGCGCGAUAUCUGGGGAAUCCGGGACUCUUCCUGCAACGCCGAGUCCUGAGUUGUUCAAGGAGGUCAACGCGCUCGUCCGCGAACAGAUCGGAGCUAUCGCAUCUCUGGGUGGAAUUAUUCAGGGUCGGGGAAUGAUUCCUAAGACUCGAAGUGGUAAGACGCUCAGACGCGUUCUACGGGAGCUUGUUGAGUUGGGUGCUCAGGGGGAUUAUGAGACGCAAGUCAAUGUGCCGCCUACUGUUGAGGAUGCUGAGGUCGUUGCUGUUGCCAGAGAGAGGGUGCGAGAGUACUUUGAGGAGAAGGCUAAGGCGAAGGGUGUUGGUAAGGCGAAGCUUUAG